AUGGAAACACAUUUCGAUGAACAGCCGACCGUUAAAGAGGUGUCCUGUCUUGGCCCAGAGACGCUCGGCUACAUGUCAACGAUGAGACGAGUGCAUUUGCAAUGGGAGAAUCCAGCUGACAAACCAACUUCCGUUAUUAUAAAGUUACCCAAUGUGACCGUUGCAUCGGAGGCGUGGAGCAAAUCGGCGGAGAAUGGCCACGAAAUGGACGACUAUGGUGGUGAUGUGAUCACGAUGAUGCACAAUUGUGAAACGAGCGUCUACAAUUGUCUAUCGAAAUAUCCAGAAUUCCGUCUCUCGAUUCCUUUCCUGUACUCGGCACUCGACGUCUCAACUGGAACACCAAUCAUUGUCAUGGAGGAUUUGGAGAAAGCUAUCACUUUUGAUGUCGCUGAGGGAUUCAAUGAGAAACAACUAUUCGCCAUUGUUGACGAACUGGUGAAAUUGCACGCGCUUAGCUACAAGUACGAUGAAGUGAAAAACUGUGGAAUCAAAGAGUCAACUCUGACUCACAUGGAACAAUUCCAGAAGUUGGUACUCGGAGUCGCGGAGCAAUUGUACAAGCAAAACCCCGAAUACCUUGCCUCAGUGGAUGUGUUGAUUCGAAAUCAUUUGACGAAAGACUGGUUUCAAGAUCUUUUCGAGGCGAUCAAAAGCGAUCCGAACACCGUCCUAUGCCAUGGAGAUCUGUGGUCACCGCAAAUUUUGUGGAAAGCCGAGAAAAUCGCUGCGAUCGUUGAUUGGGCGCUGUGCAAGGAGGGACCGGUGACCGUCGACCUGAUGCACGUGCUUUCAAUGAGUGUACCGGUGAAAUUGAGGCACGAAUCUUUCGAGAAACUCCGGGAUUAUUACCUGGCACAGUUGAAAACGAAAAUGGAAUCGAUCGGACUGGAGUCACCGAUUACAAAGGAAACCUUUCAAGAAAGCUACAAGCGAAUGUUGCCCUAUACGGCCGCGAUGGGCGUUUUCUCCGCGGGAAUGUGGAGCAAUUCGCCGGUACUGAAACGGGGAAAAGACGACGAUGAUGCGCGAAUUAAAGAAAUCAUGCAUCGAUGCAAGGAAAUUGUUGAAGAAACCGUGAAAGCUUAUGAUUGGAAA